AUGCCUUCCCUCCUAGAAUUUACCUUGCUUCUAUACAGGAGGAGGGCACUUCUCGUUUCAGCACUGGUCCUGUCUCCAACUUUAGUGUUCUUGGCACUCUUUGGGAUCUUUGAAAUCAUCACUAAUCUCCCAUUUCCUCUCCGGAUGCCAGCCGCUAUGAAGCUGCCUUCUUUACCGGCAUGUGACCAGAGUUUUUAUUGUACAGAGAAUACUAUCUAUUUAGCAUACUCUCCCAAUACUCAAGAGACCCAGGAGCUGGUAAAGCUAAUCAUCAACAAUUCUAAUCUAUCCACUUCAAAUACCAGGACUGUGGGCUUUGACUCUAGUGAUCAGAUGAUCAAAAACAUGUCCCUCUUGGGUCUGGGGCCAGAUCCUGCCAAGUUUAUCAGUUCCAUCAAUGUGCAAACUAUUAUGCGCGAACACUUACAGUAUGGCAAUAAGACGCUCUAUGAUGAAAUAGACCCGAAUACUCAUAUACUAGAUAUUCCAAGUGCGCAGCAGAUGAUCUCUACAAUCUAUGGAAUUAAUUACGAUGACUAUCGACCAGCAUAUGACUAUGCGCUUAAUACCUAUCACAACAUCUUCCUGGCACUUGACUUUUCUAUAUCCCAGCAAACAAUUUCUACACCAACAGGGAAGUCAAUCCCCAGCUCUAUUAGUUACGUGCUCUAUUACAAUCAAACUAUGCUUUCACGAUAUGUCUAUCAAACUAAGGAUAAUAUAACAUUUUCUAUAGGAGACCUUUGGAAUCCAAAUUUCUGGACUACGCUCAGCUAUACUGUCAACAGACUCGUCGAUGGAGCAAUUCUAAAGUACUAUCGCGGAAUGGACUACACAUACGACCUUGCUAUGUAUGUAAAACGGUCAGAUACGACUGUCUAUCUCAUUAACAGAACAUACUGCUUCAUGGGUAUUGCGCUGGGACUGAAUUUAAUUUUAUCGACUGUGGUUGCGGGUACCUUCCGUGGUAGAACCCACACCAGUCUGCGGCGCUUAGGAGUCAAAGAAAUACACCUACUAUGCACUAACGCCCUCUGUCUGCUCGUUUUGAACCUCAUAUCCAUGAUUGUAUUUUGCUCUCUCAACUUCCUUAUCAAGGCAUACCCAUUUGCUGAGUUUGAAUAUCCUGUUGUUAUUGUCUUUGCAAUUAUUUUUGCCUUAGGUAACACUGGCUUUGCGCUUUUGCUUGCAUACCUUUUUUAUUCACCUGCACUGUCCCUUGUGCUUUCUGCAUUCAGCGUUCUGUGCUUUGUUAUCAUUCCCUUUUUAAUUCUAAGUCAUUCUGAUACCAAGGUUAGUCUUUGGCAACCCAUUGUAGUCCCAAAGGAAGUGACAUGGAUCUUCAUCGUUUUGAUUCCGCUGUUUUGUAGCUUUUCCCUAGUUGAUAUGCUCUUAAUGAUGACAGAAGGUGGAUUUAAUUAUUCAUUCAACUCUCUUGACUACACGAAAAUUCCGAUCUCCUUCAUUACAAGCGAUUGGAAUAACUACCACUCAACCUUACGUAUUUGCAUUAGCUCUACAAGCUCCAGUGAUUGCGUCUUUCAAUUUCCCAUGGUGUGGUGGCUUGUAUUGGUAUCUCUGCUACAAAGCCUGGUGGUUAUUCCACUUCUUCUUCUCUUGCUAACGCACUCCAAACCAGAGUUCAGUUGGAGAGGAAUACCGUGGUACUUUCUUGUUUCAAAGCGCUUCUGGGCAGUGCAAAAGGAUCACCGCCGCAACCAAAGCAAACUUUUACUGGAAGUAGAAAGCUGCAAAACAACUUUGGAAAUACGUGGCUUGAGAAAGACAUACAAGACGUGCAGGCGCCAGAACACCACAUUACGUGAUUUCAGCUUCACACUUCAUAAAAAAGAAAUUCUGGGCCUUGUGGCAGCUAGUGGAGGGGGAAAGUCAACGCUUUUGAAUAUCCUUAGCGGAGAACUGAAGUUUGAAAGCACAUCGGAUGACUUAGAGGAUUCUAUGCAGAAGCCAGUAUUUAAAGUACUGGAACGUUAUGAUCUAAGAUCGCCUUAUGAUGCCUAUUACCUCAAGCCGAAUAUCGGGUACUGUCCGCAAGACCGUACUAACGUGUGGAUGGCAAUGUCUGUUUACGAAAACGUAUACUAUUCCACAAUUUUCCGCAGCAAGAGCUUGGGAACGUACGACAGCAAAAUCUUAGGAGUGCAUGGCAGCGUGGAUAAUUAUGUCCAGUUCCUCUUGCGUAAGAUCCACCUUUCCAGUUCUUCGGUGCAGACCAGGCUGGCGAAAGACUUGUCAGGCGGCAUGCUGCGCCGCUUGGCACUGGCCAACGCUACUGCUGGAUACCCUGCAAUCUUCUUCUUUGAUGAAAUCACGUCUGGGGUUGAUCCGUUGUUGAAGAGACAGAUCUGGGCCUUCGUUAAGGACUUAGUCGAGCUGGGAGAUGCGUCGGCUAUUCUUACCACUCAUGAUGCUGGCGAAGUCGCAGAGCUCUCCACCAACGUGCUCAUCUUCCGAGAUGGCAAAACGAUACAUGCAUCCACUCCCUUAGAACUAUGCCGCCGCCACGGCGACUACACGCUGUCUCUCAUCUUUGGUGACCUGAGCUUGUUAUCAGAAUUACCAGAGUUUACUGCAAACAAGGCAGUGGACCUUCUGCGAAGGACACUUAUCAAUAUUACCCCGAACUCUACAUCUAGUGGGAGUCUGGACGAAAUAAGGAUAGUCUCUGUAUUUCCACAUGUUAUCAAAAUAUCCAUUCCAUCCAUCUUUCUGGACCACUCCUCGUUAGUGAUACCUAUUACACAAGGGAUUGAGUUAUUUUGCAAAGACUGUGGAAUCGAUUAUAUGCUUUCCAAGGCUAGUCUCGAUGAUGUAUUUGUUAAACUUGUUGACAAUAAGCCUUCUGAAAUCACUUCACAGACUUGCGGACCUCAAGUCUCGGCUGCUAUGCACAAAAAGAUUGUUCGUCCCAUACGUCCCAAUCCAUUGAAGUAUAUGUUUUAUAAAAAUUGGUUAGCGGAUUGUCGCGAGUACUUUGUGAAGUUCAUUGGUGUUCUUGUAGUUAACGUGGCAGCCACUGCCCUCGUUGUUUCAAUGCUUUCAAAUUCAGUUAAGACAAUAACCGAGUCUGCUGCGCAGCUUUUCAGACCACUGACUGCAACCUAUGCGGAGGGGUGCAUUUCUGCGUGUAGGUCUACAGCAGGCAAUAAGCCAUUGAAGGAGGUUAUCGAGACCUGCUUUUCUGAUCGUAGUUCUGCAUUAUUUGCGCCAUUUUACCAAUAUAUGGGUUCUCUUCCCGUAUGUCAGAGCUAUGCAAAGUUUCUUGGCUUAGACAUAGCAAACACCUCAUACUACGUCCUUGGCGACGGAGCUUACAUUCAGCCCCAGCAAGGUCUGGACUCUUCUAUUGCCGAUUGGGCCUAUCUUGGAGUGAUAACAGAGGAGGCGCCACCAACUUGGUUGGGCAAAAUGGUUGGAAGUGCUGGGUACCCUCACCUGGGUGGCGUGGAGCUACGCAGCCUGAAGACAGACACAGGGCCGGGCGAUGACUUCACUUUGCUUUUAAGCAAGAUGAAAUUGCCGCAGGAGUGGAUUAUUCCCUUAAGCACAUACGAUACUAUCACACCAUUUUAUGGCCUUAAUAGUGUAAUGGAGUUUAGGACCCCGGCUACGGACGAAGACAACGUCUUUAGCUAUUACUUUCCGAAGACAAUUUUAUCUGUAGCUAGGUACGAGUGUCUUAUUCCCUCUGGCUCGGAAUAUAAGGUGUUGGCCUCUGGAGACUGUCCCAGUGAUACCCAAGCAAAAAGCUGCAUCUAUAGAGACGAAGGGAUAGUGUAUUUCUCAACAGUACGGAGUAUGAUGCGUGAGUUCUAUGACGGUCAGGCUAAGACCGUUAACUAUGCCGAUCAAACAGAGGCGCUGAAUGUUUCCAAGCGGAUCUCUAUUGUCCGAGAUGCCUUCAUGCGGAUGCCCACUGCAGUGAUUGCUAUCCAUUCAUCAUCUGCGCCGAACGCGCUUAGCUUUACACUAUAUGGGCCCCUGCCUCCUAUGGGGACUCAAAAUCGCGGCUUCUCCAAUACCUAUAUCAAUCUAAGAUUCAACAACACAAACCAUCGUGCAAACAUGCCUGCCUUCCCGUAUUUCGGUGGUGUUGGUGCGUUGGGAUACAAUAUGCUUCAGAACCCCCUUCGUAUCGACCCUUCCCUUGCUGUUCCAAUGCUUGAUCAAGUUGUGAGAUUUGUUGGCUCUAUCUUUCGGCGUGACAUCAUGAAGGCUGAGUUAGGGAGAGGCACCUCUUAUGACCAAGCGCUGACAGUAGCGUAUAGCUUCACCUAUACUGCCAAGGUUCAAGUGAUGCCAUAUUUCUCAAAUCCGAGAUUUGCAUUUCCAAGUGACCACAUUAUGCUUCUGCGCCAGAUGGAGCUUCUUACUUCUUAUGUCAUGCCUUUUGUAUUCCUUGUUCCAAUGAUAAUAGUAGGCAUUCGGGUGGCACGCGAGAUUGAAGACCGAUUACUGCGGGUCUUCCUACUUCAUAAUAUCUCCAAGCAUCUAUUCUUGGGAUCGCAUAUUCUCUACUACACCCUCUGGUCCUUUGUAGCAUCAUUUCUCUGCAUUCUGAUUCUCUCUGUGUCUAUACCCGCCUUCUUGUGGAGCAAUCCUCCCACAACCAUUUUGUGCCUGCUAUUUCUGUACUUACUAGCCAGCUUCAAUUGUACGACUUAUUCUAUUCUUAUUGCCCUCUUAGUGAAACAGGUACGGUUGGCAAUCCUUCUUAUCUCUAUUGUAGUCUUUAUCAAUAUCAUCUACUGUUCUAUUAUCAAAAUGAAUGAACCUAUAUCUCUAGCGCUAAGUCUUGUUUUGCCGUCGCUGGGUGUCUUUUGGGAGCUGACCUAUACUGUCUCUUUUGGAUUCAUUAAUGUAGGCCCGAUUAUUACAUGUGUUGCUAUUUUCCUUGUGCAUCUAGGAUUCUGCUUCGUUGCUAUAUAUUUCAUCGAUGGUUGUGCUACGUGCACUGCAUGUAAGUCCAGCUCUACAGUACACAAACAAGAUGUUCAGGACCCGAGGAUAUACACCAGUUUCACGACACUUCCAGAUACCUUUGCCUCCGUAUCCACCAUGCAUACCUCCACAUUUUUGGAAAGAUCAGCAGACGACUUUGCACUUACUCGCACGCCCAUGCAAAGUGUGUUUAGUACUUUGUCUACUUAUUCCUUAAACGAAAGCACAGCCAAGAGAGCGCAUUUGGAUAUCAAAAAUGUUUUUCAUAAGUACCCAAGUGGCAAUGUGGCGAUAAAGGAUAUAUCUUUUAGCAUUGCCGACGGAGAGGUUUUCGCUCUUCUAGGUGGGAAUGGGGCAGGAAAGUCAACGCUUAUGCACGCACUCACAGGGCUUCACGUCCCAACUAGGGGGACUGCAAUGUGUAUUCGUAACGAUAAGGACUCCCACAAAGUCAAUCUAUUCAACCCGACCACGCGUCACGGAGAGCUCCUCACAAUCAUUCCUCAGGACGACUUGCUCUACCCAGAAUUCACUGUACUCGAUCACAUGAUUAUCAUGGCCGGUAUAACAUCUAAGAACUUGAGGCCAAACAUCAAGAGCAUUCAUGUUGUAUUGCAGACAGUUGAAUUGUAUGACCACAUGCACAAACGCGCUAGGGAGCUUUCGGGAGGUAUGCAGCGCCGGCUUACACUUGCAAUGGUCAUAGUGUCAUCCCCCUCUUUGGUUUGCCUUGAUGAGAUCACCACAGGUCUCUCUAGUCGCAUGAAGACAGACAUUUGGAAGGCUAUUAUCGCAAGCCGCGGUGUCUGCCGCACGAUGAUGCUGACAACGCACGACAUGCAGGAAGUAGAAGCCCUUGCAGAUAGGUGCUGCAUCAUGAAAUCAGGAGAGAUUGUCGCACUAGGAACCAUGGCAGAAAUCUGUAGUCGUAGCAAGGUAAAGUUUUCCGUGACCGUGGCUUUGCAGCCAAGCAGCUCGGCUAUAGAGCCUGUACAUUCUCUCCUGACAGGCAUAGAGUUGGCAUCUUUAGCAUCUUGUUACACCGAAAAGAUCUACGCAACCCCAAGCGGCGCGUGCCUUAUCGGACAUACGUUGUCAGAGUCUACCGGCUGUGUAACAUAUAUGUUUGGAGCCAAUUCCUUACUUGCAGAUGUACUGCUAGAUCUAGAUCGCAUUGAAAUUCUCUCUUCACACUACUGGACUAUUGAAUCUUGCCGCUUCGAGCAAGCGUUCAUGGAUCUGAUAGAAGAAUAG